AUGUUGAGGCAAUCGUGUUCUGUGACAGGUGAUACGGUCGGGGAAACAGACUGCGAGAUAGUAAUCUGCACGUAUCCAUCAAAACCGUUGAGUGUCCGACUACAGCGACUGCGUCCGUCUCACGAGAGCUUGAACGCGAAAAUUUCUAACCAUAGUUUCGAACCAGUAAGGUUUUAUUCUUCUACACCAAUGGGACCGACGACGGAUGCGUCGUCGCCGCGAUCGGAAGGACCGAGCAGUCGCGAGGCGGGUGAAAUUCUCUCGUCCGACCCUCCCUCAACGAUACCAUCGUACGCGACCUUGGCGAACCGGCCUCCGCCGAUGCGCCGAAUGCCGCCCAACGCGCAUCAGGGUCCACCAUCACAACAGUCUCCGCCGUUUUCGGGAGACGACCGUCGCUCUCGUAUUCGGAACAAUGCUCCUGUCAUUAGAGGAGGACGUGGUGGGUUUCCAUUGAGAGGUGGGCGUGGUAGACCACACCGGGGAGGUCGUGGGACUGACGAACGGGGAGGUCGUGAGGGUCGAGGUGGAAGAGGUCGAAGGGGAGGUCAGACCUUGGAGAGGGAUCACAUAGAAUUAAACAGAGGACGAGGUGAUAGUCUCGAUCGUCGUUUCAGCUUGACUCCUGGUGGAGAGAAUAGGGACGAUCUGAGUGACACGGGAAGUUCCUUUAGUGGUGGACGUGGGGGGAAUUACUUUCCUAGAGGCGGUCGUGGUAGAGAUUCGGCUGGACGCCGAUUCGAUGGCGAACGAGGAGGAAGAGGACGAUCCGGUCGUUGGCCUGAACGGGGAUCUGGAUUUGAAGGAAGAGCAUCUCGAGAUGGACGGGGACGGCGGGGUGGAAGAGACAGUCCCGUGGAAGGACGUAGAGGGCGAGGCGAUUUCAGGCCUUCGGACGAUCGGAUCAUGGAGGCCACAUUUACCGGGCGAAGCGAGUCAGGUAGAGGUAGAGGAGUUGAAUGGGGGCGACGUGGAGGUGGAAGGAAUGAUCGGGAAGGAAGGGCUCGUUGCGAAGGACGGAGCGCGCAUUUCCGGAUAGAAGCACCAACCCAUUCUCUUCCGGUCGUACCCAAACUGCUCGACAGCAACGCUUUGGGAAAGCACGAACGAAGUGGCAGCAUGGAACAAAAAGAUAGUGGCAACAAAAGAAAUCGUGAGAGUCUUUCUUUCGGCAGCGAAGGCGAGAUAUUAUCUGAUGUCCUCAUACCAACGAAUUCAUUUUCGUCAACGGGGAGAGGCGUGUACGGAGAACCAAUUUCUCGCGAUCAUAUCCCGGACGAGCCACGUAGGUCGCAACAAAACCUAUUGGCAUCGAAAGUACCCUUCGAACACGCAAAGGCCACAGCUGGCCUACCGGAUUCAGAAAGGGGUUUUGAAAGAAAUCAGGAAACUCGUCCCGUUAGAACAGAUGAAACCAGCUUGUCAGCGAUCACCAGUUUUCGGACCGAGAAAGGACCGUCGAAAGGCAAUCAAGCCUCACACCAAUUUGGUUCCCGGCAAGGCGAUAUGUUGUAUUCUACGUCGUCUGACCGGAACGAAACGGCAACGCUACCGAAUAGGAGCAUCCCCCCAGUUCGCCACGCCGAUGAUAGUGCUUUUUCGGCCGAUGCUCCAAGUAUGAGGGACGCCGUUCCGCAUAGAAUACCCGGAGAAGCUAGUGGAUCAGGUCACAACUUCACUGGGAUUAGGACCGGAUCUUUCUCUUCAGAGCCUUUGGAUCGCAUGGAUAGAAGUUUUUCGUUUGGUGGCCGAGGACGCCAAGGCCGUUUGUCGGGGCGAGGUCGCGAAGCGGACGCUGGAAAGCGUGAAGCUUGGAGAGAUUCUGCACCUCCGGCCAUGCUGAAUGGAAACAGAGCUAUGGCGACAGGGCGUGGAGACGACUUUUCUAGGCGAGGAGGGCCCGGGCGGAGUUUUCGUGGUGGGCUUGUAGGCCGUAGCAGAGGUCUUGGUGACCUAGGUAGAAAUGCCCUUGUGCGAGGUGGACGAGGAACUGACCGGGGGACCGCACAACACGAAAAUAUUGCUUUGCCAUGGCAGCAAAGAAGGAGCGGUUUGUCUUCAUUGCCGGCAAAUGCCGUCACUCGGCGGCAACGAAUCGAAAAUCGUUUUGAUUCCCCUGUCCAUCCCAUUCCCAAUCUUCAUUCACAGCAUGCGGUGAAUCGUGAUGCGCCUAGCAAAGAUAUGGCAAGUCCCAAGGACUUGCUUGUGUCAACGAUAUCAAUUACAUCCCCGGAACAAGGUCCCACCCGAUCGGCUACUCCUCCACCUGAACCAUUGAAGCCUUCGGGAUACAUUGUAGCAUUGACGCGACUAGCCGACAUGGAAGCGCAAAUGGAGUAUGCAUUUGCCAAGCACCUACAUCUCAGCAUUGAACAAAAGAAGCUACGGGCUCAAUACGGUAUACUAGAAGGACUGCCUGUCGGCAUUGAUGCUGUCAAGGAGGACUUGGAUAAUUUACACGACGGCAACGACCAAACAAAAUUGCAAGAAGCCACAAUUAAAGUCCUGCAACCUUACAAUGCGGAUGAUAGCGCACAAGCGCGAGAACAUCUCCUUCACUGGGUAAAAAACUCAGUUUCACAUGAUACCACGGCGCUAAAGUUUGCCCAACAUUCCGCGAGUUUUGAAGUAAAAAAUGGCGGAGUAGGUGAUGUCCAUGUUGCGAGUGAUUCAAUCGAAGUGCCCAGAAAUUUUCCAAUUAAGAUCGCCCACGCAAUUUCUCUCGUUUCCUGUCAUAAAGCAUCGCGGGUAAAGGGUUCUCUAGACGCCCUGAUAGUGCUUCGUCAUUCCAUUCACCAAAACUCUGUCCACAAUCCUUCGUCGGGGUCGUCCUACAGCUACCAAAUGUACGCCAUUAUUCACGAGGACGGAGGUUGCGUCGAAUACGUGAAUUUCAUCAAACGCCUCGGGUACAUUCCUGUUGUCAAGCCGACACCUGUGAAUGUAAGCGCAAUUGUUAACAAUGACUGGUACCGAGAUCAUGUAGAAAAUGAAAACUGCUGCGGCUCAAAGGAAUUUAUCAAGCUUUAUGCCUACACUUUCACGCAUCAUCCUGUGGUAGUGCAUUGGGAUUUGGACGUUUCAGUACUGCAACCUAUGGAUGACUUGUACGAUGCCAUAAUUUAUGACAGCGAUUCGUCAAAAGGUCAACGAGCACGGAGCCGUUUACAAAUCCAGCGACCGUGGUAUCAGCAUCUACCUGAUCGCAUUGAUGCUUUCUACACUAAAGAUGUUACGAGCAGUGCGCCAUGGGAAAAGGUCCAAGCCGUUCAGGGAGGUUUCGUAGUGGCACGACCUAGUAUGGACGACUUCCAUGCCUAUAUGUCUUUUAUCAUGAACGCCAACUAUACGCCGGGGCGAGGGUCAACUUCUGGCUGGGGUGGAUUGGGUUACGGUGGAUUUCAGGGAGCAAUGGCCUACCAAGGGGUUCUUGCUUACUUUUACGACCAAGUAAGGCCCGGAAGGUCGGUCGAACUGGAUGUUUGCCGGUGGAAUCAAGUUGUAGCUGACGUUAUUUGGAGGGGGCCCAACAAUAUGAAUCACCAUGGCCAAUGUCGCCAAUAUCCUGUCGAAGAUGGCAACUUUACUGCCAACACGCCCGAGAACGGAAGAUGUGAAGAUUGCCGGGCCUUGCCCAUUUCUGAAGUAAAAACCGUCCAUUACACAGCUUGCAAGAAGCCAUUUGAUUGUUCGUUGCCGUAUCCCCGAAACCCGCGAGACAAACGGCAAGUCUACCGAUUGCAGGAGCUUACCAAUGUAACAACUUGCGGGCUGUUUUUUCGUAAAUACUUUGAAUAUCGACGGGAUGUCGAAGACCGCGUCGCAGAAAAAAUUGGGAUAGUGCCGUCGAGACGAGACGGAAAUUACUUUCCCGAGUACUUCAUGGGAUAUUGCCAAAAUGCUGGAGGUUAUUACUCAAUAGGCGGUAUUCCAGAAGACUUCGACAUGAAGUCCAUUUACGGAUUCUAA